CCGAUGCGUAGUUUGAGCGUUCCGUGUGUCAGCCAUUCCAUUGCGGAUCUAAUGCCGAUAGAGUCACAUUUAUUUUGAGUAUUUUUUUUUUUAAACGCGUAGUGGGGUAUUUAUCUUGUUGUUAUUUUUUUUGGGGAUGUUGGGGUUUUUUGUUUAAUAAAGAAAAACUCACAAAGUUUCACAUCGAAACUUUCCUUACAUAAAGUUAUGUAAGGCAGCCAUCAAGGAUCUCUUGGGACCAAUUACAACAAAAUCCAGUGAGGCUUUUUAUGUAGAUUCAGUGAUUUUUUUUUUUAUUUAACGAGGAUCACGUGAUUUCCCAGAGGUGGUGGGGGCGACAGUGAUGUAACUGCCCUAGGGACCCCAAUAUACUUUACGUGGACAAGGGGGACCAUAUAACUUCAAAAGAUGCACGGGUCUGCCGGUCUACACUCCGCCAUGGCGAUCAAACGCCAAAGGCGUCGCAGGGAGCAGGAGGCGAAAAAACGCGCUAUGGAACGUAGACUCUCCUCAAAAACCAUUAGUGUAGACAGCAUGGAACAUUUGCCGCCGAGGAGAAUCAGUUUUCAUCAAGCGGAAAGUUACCAGGUCACCUCCAUAGGACUUUUACAUAUCGGAGUAUGUUUCUUCGUGCUCGGGUUGUUCCUUAUCGGAUCCGGACUGUUGCCGGACGAUUUGCUCUCGUGGAAAACCGGAGGAUGGUGGAACGAGUUAACUAUGACAGGAAUAUUCGUAACCGCCGUGGGAUUAUUGCUGAUCGGACUGAAUAAGAUCGUGAGCCGUAGGGAGGAGCAGGAGUUGCAAGAGUACGUGCGUAGCCAAUUAACCAGGUCAAGGAGUGGCCACAGGUUGGAGCGAGACGUGGAAACUGGUUGUCUCACCACAAAACACCAUAAAAGACUAUUGGAGAAACAGAGAGAGGACAAGAAGCUCGAGAGUACCGAGUUAGCCUCAAUACAUUCUCCAACUUCUAAAGCAGCUCCCGUUACUGUACUGAAUGGUGAGGCACAACUGGAAAAGAUCUUGGAGGAGGAUAUGGAGAGGUGCGAAAUGGAGGUAAAGGCUCUAGAGUUGAGGGAGACGAUUUCGACUACGACUACUGCCAGUGUGAGCCCGGGGACCCCGUCGGAGUCCAGGGAAUUGAUAGCCAAUGGGAGACAGUACAGUUUUAACUCCAGACAGUACUAA